AUGCUUCACUCAAAAGACAAAGUCAGGCCUCCUCGAAACUUACGGUCGGCACGACGCUCUCUUGUCAAGAACAAAAUCUCGACACCUACUCAUGCACCUGCCAAUGUCCUCUCGACACCCAAGAAGAUCAUCAAAGCUCUGUACGAUUACCAAGCACAAGGUCCUCAUGAGUUGUCUUUUUCACGAGGCGACUUUUUCCAUGUCACCAACCGAGAAAACGAUACGCACUGGUUCGAAGCAUGUAAUCCAGCAACGAGUUCCAAGGGCCUUGUGCCUGUCAGCUACUUUCAAGUCCUCGACAAAUCGGAACGCACAUUGACAGUGGCAGGUCCUAAUAGAGCAGCUGAUUCCGACUUUAUGGAUCCAAUGAAUGGCCAUUAUGCUAUUGGCGACCAUAAACCACCACCACCAUCAUCAUCAUCCGCAGUGGCUCCAUUGUAUGGCGUUGUAUUAUAUGAUUUUCAAGCUGAACGAUCCGAUGAACUUGAUGCGACAGCAGGAGAGCCGAUCAUUGUCAUUGCACAAUCUAAUAAGGAAUGGUUUGUGGCCAAACCCAUUGGACGACUAGGCGGGCCUGGUCUGAUCCCUGUAUCCUUUGUGGAAGUACGAGAUGCUGUAACUGGAAAACCUAUCACCAACUUGACGCAGGCGUCACCCAUGAUACCACGAGUAGAGGAAUGGAAAAAGAUGACACAAGGUUAUGAAGCAUCCAGCAUUUCUUUGACAUCACGCUACGAUAUAGCACCAUCGCCUUCCAAUAGCUCGUCACUACCAGCAUCACGCAUCCCCUUUCAUCCCCAGCAACAACAACAUGGUAUGGCGUCAUCUCACAAUAGCCAUGAUGCCAUUCUUGAUAGCUAUGGCAUGGAACACCUUGCAAUAAGCGAUCACCAGCACCACCAUCAUCAUCACCAUCCAGGACCUAAAUCAGAGACACGCCCACAUCGUCCCCGAUCCAAUGAUUCAAGACGUAGAUCAGAUCGACCUAUCGUGGUGGCUGCUACAAUUGAUUCGUAUAUUCUCGAGGGUGAUCAAUAUUGGUUUAUUGUGUAUGUUCGACUCAGCAAUGAUCGCUAUCGUGUAUUAUAUCGUUUAUAUGAAGACUUUUACGACUUUCAAAUCAACCUACUCAAUGAAUACCCGGUGGAGGCAGGAAAAUCUGAUCGUGAGAGGAUAUUACCCUACAUGCCAGGUCCCUUAACUCAAGUGGAUGAGGAUAUCACAGCUGAUCGACAAAGGGAUCUCAACAAAUAUUGUGAGGAGCUAUUAAAUCUCCCUCGAUACUUGGCUGAAAGCAAUUUGGUGCAAAUGCAGCUUUUUGGAAUACAUGAAGGGGAUUUGGAGGUAGAUCAAGAUCCACGACUAGGAAUACCAGGCACCGAUGAUGAUGAGGGCGUUUUACAACAACAACAACAGCAGCAACAACAGCAUUUACAGCCGUCACCAACGCCUGUCAUAGUGACACCUACCACAUCCAUGAGUACACCUCGCUCAACGAAAUCAUCCGGCACAGUGAAGCUGAAAAUUGCUCACAAAGACGACAUUUUCGCUAUCAAAGUACCUGCACACAGUACACUGGAACAACUACAUACCAAAGUGCAUGAUCGAUUAGGAUUCCCAGUGACAUUACAAUACAAAGACAGCAACACUGGCAACAAGCUACCGUUACAAACGGAGAUGGACAUGGAAACAGCAUUUGCAUCCGCUAUCAAAUUAGGCAAAUUGACAGUGUACGCUGAACGAGCAUGA